AUGUUCCAGGAUGGAGACCUUCUAAUUGGUGGUCUGUUUGAGAUUCAGAGGUACCUCAAAGUAUUCCCUGAGCUGAGCUUCAGAACAGAGCCAAAACUACCACGAUGUGAGCUCUUCUAUAUGACAAGUUUCCAGCAGGCACUAACAAUGGUUUUUGCUAUCAAUGAGAUUAAUAACAAUCCUAACUUGCUGCCUAACAUCACGCUUGGUUACCAAAUCUAUGACAACUGUUUAAGGCUUGGAGUGGCAUUCCGUGGUGCUACAGCUCUGGUUGGUGGGACAGAGGAGACCAUCUCUGACCUCAACUGCAAAGGCCCACCACCGGUGAUUGGAAUCAUAGGUGAUCCAGGCUCUACCCAUUCCAUUGCAAUUUCCAGUGUCCUGGGGCUGUUUCGACUCCCUAUGAUUAGCUACUAUGCCACCUGCUCCUGUUUGAGUGACAGAAAAAAGUACCCUUCUUUCUUCAGAACAAUCCCCAGUGAUGCCUUCCAAGUUCGGGCUAUGGUUCAGAUCUUGAAAUAUUUUGGAUGGACCUGGGUUGGUCUCAUCUACAGUGAUAAUGACUAUGGCAUCUAUGCUGCUCAGUCAUUCCAUCAGGAAAUGCAACAAUUUGGAUAUUGUGUUGCUUUUUCUGAAAUCCUGCCCAACGAUAACAACCCCAUAGAUAUUCAGCGCAUAAUGGGAAUGAUUCAGUCCUCUACAGCUAGAGUGGUGGUUGUUUUUUCUGCUUCAUCCUUACUGAUACCUUUAAUGAAUGAAGUGGUGUUGCAGAACAUAACAGGCAGGCAGUGGAUUGCAAGUGAAGCUUGGGCCACUUCACCUGUAUUUCGCACACCACGUUUCCAGCCAUUCCUGGGGGGCACAAUGGGCAUUGCUAUCAGGCGUGGAGAGAUCGAGGGGCUUCAUGACUUUCUGUUAUGUAUUCGUCCCAACAUUGAUCAAAGUAAUGAUAUAGUGAAAAUCUUCUGGGAGAACAUAUUUGGGUGCAGUUUUGAAAUGAAGGGGAAAGGAACUGAUGGACAGCAAGUCAAAAAGGUGUGUACAGGACAGGAGGAUCUGAGCACAACAAACACACCAUUCACUGAUGUUUCAGGAUUAAGGGCAUCGUAUAAUGUAUAUAAGGCAAUUUAUGCCCUGGCACAUGCACUUCAUGAUCUGAUGCAGUGUGAGGAGGGAAGAGGACCAUUCAGUGAGAACAGAUGUGGUGACAUAACCAACCUGAAGCCGUGGCAGCUGGUUCACUACCUACAGAAAGUGAACUUCACCACAGGUUUUGGGGAUCAUGUGUCAUUUGAUAAAAAUGGAGAUGCUCUGGCCAUCUAUGAUGUGUUGAACUGGCAGCCAAGUGCUGAUGGAUCAAUUAAGCUCCACAAUGUCGGUGUAGUAAAUGAAGGUGUGGCAACAGGGAUGGUUCUUACACUCGACAAGGAUGCAUUUUACUGGAAUUUUGAAACAACAAAAUCAGUAUGCAGUGAGAGUUGCCCCCCAGGAACCAGACAAGCCACAAGAAAGGGCCUUCCUCUCUGCUGUUUUGACUGUUUGCCAUGUGGAGAUGGAGAGAUUUCUAAUACAACAGAUUCUAUUGAGUGCAUAACAUGUCCAGAUGAGUUUUGGUCCAAUCCAGAUAAGGAUCAGUGUGUCCCCAAAGAAAUAGAGUUUCUAUCCUAUGAGGAUUCUCUGGGCAUCUCUCUCACCACUGCUUCCCUGCUUGGCACCUUCAUCUGUGCUCUUGUGAUGAUCAUCUUUGCUCAUCACCGUAACACACCCAUAGUACGAGCCAACAAUUCAGAGCUUAGCUUUCUGCUGCUGUUGUCUCUCAAACUAUGUUUCCUGUGUGUGCUACUGUUUAUUGGCCAGCCGCAGUUGUGGACAUGUCAGUUAAGACAUGCUGUGUUUGGUAUAAGCUUUGUCCUGUGUAUCUCCAGCAUCCUGGUGAAGACUAUGGUAGUAAUAGCCAUAUUCAAGUCAUCACGACCAGAGGGCAAAGGAGCAAUGAAAUGGUUUGGAGCAGCUCAACAAAGAUGCACAGUUCUGGUCCUAACAGCACUCCAGGUUGUGAACUGUGCAGUCUGGCUAUCAACUGCCUCUCCAAUACCCCAUAAAAACAACCAGUAUACUCACUCUAAAAUAGUUUAUGAAUGUGCCAUUGGCUCAGUGGCCGGUUUUUCUAUGCUGCUGGGAUAUAUUGGACUGUUGGCAGCAGUAAGCUUGCUGUUAGCCUUCCUUUCAAGAAAUCUUCCAGAUAAUUUUAAUGAAGCCAAGUUCAUCACUUUUAGCAUGUUAAUCUUCUGUGCUGUAUGGAUUGCAUUUGUUCCAUCAUAUGUGAGUUCACCAGGGAAAUAUGCAGUUGCUGUUGAAAUAUUUGCCAUCCUUGCUUCAAGUUUUGGAUUAUUGGUGGCCAUAUUUGCCCCAAAGUGCUACAUCAUCCUUUUACAUCCAGAGAAAAACACUAAAAAAGCAAUCAUGAGAAGAGAAGUACAAAAUAAAUAG